AUGUUAUAUUGUUUUCUGACACUUCUCUCUGUUGUCACAGUAUGUGGAAAUCUCCUUGUAAUAUUUUCUGUGUUUUACUUCAAACAGCUUCAUACUCCUACUAACUUCCUUAUUUUGUCUCUGGCUGUUGCUGACCUGCUUGUUGGGAUCAUAGUUUUUCCUUUUAGCAUGGCAUUUUCUCUCAGUUCUUGUAUGUAUCAUGAAGGUGUAUUUUGUAAGGUAAGAGACUGCUUUGAUAUAUUGUUUAGCACAUGUUCUAUUUUACACUUAUGCUGUAUUUCUGUUGACAGAUAUUAUGCAGUAUGUCAGCCAUUAACAUAUAAAUCUAAAAUCAACCGUCAUGUUGUUAUUAUCAUGGUUGCUGUAAUCUGGAUUUUUUCUGCACUUAUUGCAAUUGCUGUAAUGAUACCAAGAACAAAUGAAAAAUGUCAGGAACAAUGUUUUAUUGAUGUUUUCAUAGCAAACACAGUUGGGUCUCUUUUGUCAUUUUACUUUCCAGUUGUCAUACUGUUGUGUAUUUAUCUGAAGAUUUUUAUUGUUGCACAGAGACAGGCACGAAGUAUCCAAACUGUGAUAAAACGUGGAGCAAAUGUCAGUAAGAUGGAAAGAAAAGCCACAAAGACUCUGACUAUUGUUCUGGGAGUGUUUCUUAUGUGUUGGACUCCUUUCUUUCUUUGCAUCUCUUUUCAGCCUUUUAUAAACAGUUUAAUAGUAGUUCAUGUGAUUGAAACACUUAAUUGGCUUGCACUGGCAAACUCAACAGUGAAUCCAUUCAUUUAUGCCUUCUUUUACAGCUGGUUUAGAUCAGCUUUUAAAAUUAUUAUUUCUGGAAAAAUCUUUCAUUGUGAUUUUGCUAACACAAAACUGAAAUGA